AUGGUCAUGUUGAUAUCCUUAACCUUAUUACUUGUGUUUCAACUUGUUAUUCCAAGUUCCCAAGCUUUUGAUUACUUCACCAACUGCACAGGUAGUUCUAAUUACACCCAAAACAGUCAGUACCAAAAAAACCUCGGUAAUCUCUUAGCCGAGUUAACUGCCAAAGCUUCGCUUUCUGGUUUUUAUUACACAUCUGUAGGUCAGAUCCCUGAUAAAGUUUAUGGCCUUUACCUAUGCCGGGGUGGCAUUGGUAGUCAAGGUUGCGGCCAAUGCGCAUACGUAGCUCAAGGUAGUAUCCUCAAAGAAUGUCCGAUCCAGAUAUGGGCUGUUCUAUGGUAUGAUAAUUGCAUGCUUCGUUUCUCUAAUGAGUCAUUUUAUCAUCAGAUGGAUGAUUACCCAAGUAACGUGGCAUGGAACCCUGAAAACAUUACUAGUAACGAGACUCAAGCAUUUUCUAAGGUGCUUAACAAUACCAUGAUGGAUAUGACACCAGAAAUUGUGAACAGCAAGGUGAAAUUUGGUACCAAAAUGGCUAGCAUCACAGGCUCAAAGAAGUUAUAUACCUUGGGGCAGUGCACGCUAGACUUGUCAGCAGAUGACUGUGGUCGGUGCUUGAAAAUUGCGAUUGGGAAGCUUCCAAUGAUGCUUGGAGGGAGAGCUUUGCUACCAAGCUGCAAUGUAAGAUUUGAAGUCAGUCCGUUUUAUGGAAAUACAGUUAACACAUCAUUUUUGCUAUCUGCGAUCAUCAAUUCAACAUCAACCGUUACAAGAGACAAGCAGCAGAAAAGAUUGUCACACAUUGCCAUUGCUGUCAGCAUUCCUGUAAUCUUUGCAAUCUUGCUCCUGGCUGGAGCUUUCUGUUGCAUAUACAAUCGGAAGGCAGCAACGCCAUCUCCUGAACUAAAGGAGAUAGUUACAGUAGAAUCAUUACAAUAUGAUUUCAAGACAAUACGAGUCGCAACAAAUAAUUUCUCAACAGACAAUAAGCUUGGGCAAGGUGGAUUUGGUGUUGUUUACAGGGUAAUAUUUCUAAGUAUAACAAGCUACAUAUUUGAACACAUUUAAAUCACAAGUUUUCACUUAAGGUUAAUCAAAUUUUAUUGGAAUAUACUCAAACACAUUUAUUAAAUCCAACUUUAUAGGGAACAC